AUGGCGUCAGGAGUCAAAGUUUCCGAUGAUACUGUGGAGACAUACAAAGCCAUGAAGCUGCGAAAGCUGAAUGUUAGGUAUUUGAUGCUGGCUAUUGAUCAAGCAGAUGGGUUGAUUAAAGUUGUGAAUAUCAAGGAGAAGAACACUAAUUUGUCUCAAGAGGAGGAGUUUAAUGAAUUUUUACAGGAGUUGCCAUCAGAUGUUGGACGGUACUGUAUCGUUGAUUUGACUAUACCUCAGAAAAAUGGAGCGUUAAAAGACACAAUGUUUAUUAUUACGUG